AUGGAUUAUUGGUCAUCGUCUGUUAGCGUUGAUGAUGAAUUUGAGAAGCUUGUUCUUAGAAUGAACCCACCAAGGGUAACUGUUGAUAAUGCAUCAAACAAGAAAGCAACUUUGAUCAAGGUAGAUAGUGCAAAUAAGAGAGGAAGUUUAUUGGAGGUGGUUCAGGUUCUUACUGAUCUGAACCUGAUAAUCAGGAGGGCUUACAUUUCUUCAGAUGGGGAAUGGUUUAUGGAUGUUUUCCAUGUUACUGAUCAACAAGGAAAUAAGGUCUCCGAAGAUAACAUUGCCGAGCGAAUUCAGCAGUCACUGGGGCCAAAGGGGCGGAGCUUUCGGUCUUUGACAAGAUCUGUGGGCGUCAAACCUACGGCAGAGCAUACGACCAUUGAGUUGUCUGGAAGAGACCGACCAGGCUUGAUUUCAGAGGUCUUUGCAGUUCUUGCUGACCUCAAGUGUAAUGUACUUGCUGCCGAAGUAUGGACUCAUAACUCUAGAAUGGCUUCGGUUGUUUAUAUAACUGAAGAAGAAAAUGGAUUGGCAAUCAAUGAUCCUGAUCGACUUGCUAAGGUCAAACAACUUCUCCUUUAUGUUCUAAAAGGAGAUAGAGAUAGGCGAAGCGCCAACACUGAAGUUUCUGUCGGUUCUACUCAUACCGAGAGGAGGCUGCAUCAGAUGAUGUAUGCUGAUCGUGAUUAUGAUAAUGAGAAUAUGGAUUGUAUGAUACCUGAUCGAAGCAAACCCCUCGUGAAUGCAGAAAACUACGCAGAUAAAGGCUACACUGUGGUUAACGUGAGCUGUCCAGAUCGUCCUAAACUGCUUUUUGACACGGUAUGCACAUUGACAGAUAUGCAAUAUGUUGUGUUCCAUGCCACCAUCAUCGCUGAAGGACCAGAGGCUCAUCAGGAAUAUUAUAUAAGGCAUGUGGACGGGUGCCCCAUUAGUUCUGAGGCGGAGAGACAACGUGUAAUCCAUUGCUUGGAGGCAGCAAUCAAGAGACGAACAUCUGAGGGAACAAGGCUAGAACUAUGUGGUGAAGACAGGAUUGGUCUUCUGUCAGAUGUAACUCGUGUAUUUAGAGAGAAUGGUCUUUCAGUUACUCGAGCCGAGGUCACAACCCAGGGUACGCAGGCUGUUAAUGUUUUCUAUGUUGCUGAUGCAUCCGGUUGCCCAGUUAAAAGUGAAACAAUUGAAGCAGUUCGUAAUGAAAUAGGCCUAACUAUCCUCCAUGUGAAGGAUGACAUGUACUCAAUCGCACAUACCCCACAGACUGGAAAAUUCUCUUUUGGUGAUCUUUUCCGCUCAAGGUCAGAGAAAUUUCUUUACAAUUUAGGCCUAAUAAAGUCAAGUUCGUGA